GUUGUUUUGUUCAUCUCCAAGCUAUAUCUCUUUUGUUUACUCUAGCGUUAUGGUGAUUGUACACUACAAUUGGAGUUUAGUCCUUUCCAGCAAUCUUAUUUUGUGUGCUAACACUCAAUCCUGAUUACAAGGUCUGACUCAACUUUAUGUAUUCUUAAUAGGGAUAUUUGCACUUUUAUCCUUGUGGUUUGAAGUACGUUCACCUUGCUCCAGUAUUAUGGAAUACUUCGAUUGGAUUUUUUUUUUUUUUUCCCCAGUUCCUUGGUGGAGAACUAUGUUUCAUUUUAUAGAUUUUUUUUAUUAGAAAAUGUUUUUUUUUCCUUAUUCCAUGUUUCUGCUUGCCCAUACUUAUUUAUUGAAAGGAAGAAGGGAGGUAGGCAAUAAAUGUUUGCUACUGAGUACAUGUAUAUGACUAUAUAAGAUGAAUGCAGGUGCAUCGUUUGAUGUGUUUAGAGCUGAAGAAGUUGAUUCAGAGAAUCUCUCACAUAAUUUCAGACAUUGAAUCUGCUCGGCCUCGAUGCACAUCCGGAUUACAGACCUUUUGUUCAUUUCAGCAGGCAAUGGACAAAGCAAAGUCACUUCUCCAGCAUUGUUCUCAGUGCAGUAAACUUUACUUGGCAAUGACAGCAGAUAGGAUACAGAUGAGAUUUGAAAGAGUGCGGAACUCAUUGGAGCUGGGUUUGUGCCAAAUUCAGAAUAUUGUUCCACCAUUGUUGGCUGAGGAGAUUUCUGGGAUUAUCCGUGAUCUAAGGAGAGCAAAGUUUCCACUAGAACCUUCUGAAGAAGAGGCUGGGAAGGGUUUACUAUCUCUUCUUCGGCAGGACAUAUCCGCAUCAGGUAUUAUUAACCAAUUAGAACUGGAGACUCUACAGCUUGCAGCUUUAAGGCUGAACAUUACAUCCAAGUUGGCUCUUUUGAUAGAGAGAAGAUCUCUUAAAAGAUUACUUGAUGAGGUUUCUGAUACAGAUUUCAAAAAUAGGAAAGUCCUGAAGUACCUCUUGUACCUUUUGAAGAAGUAUGGAGGAUUAAUUUGGCAACAUAAAACUAAGAGUACCCAUGCUCCGCUUGAAGGGUCAUAUCGUCAAUCCAUUAAGACAGAGCCACGAGUGAACAAUGUGUGGGAUGAGACCCAAGUUAAUGAAUCCGUUACACUUGAACCUCCUGAGGAAUUCAAAUGUCCCAUUUCUUUGAGACUGAUGUAUGAUCCUGUUGUUAUUGCUUCUGGGAAGACAUUUGAACGAGUGUGCAUAGAAAAAUGGAUUAACGAGGGUCACAAUAUGUGCCCCAAGACCCUCAUGAGACUGGACGAUUUGUCCCUUAUUCCAAACUUAGCAAUGAAAAGGCUUAUUUCAAAGUGGUGUUUGGAGCAUGGGAUCACUAUUCCUCAGCCAGAUGCAAUGCCUCCUCUUCAUUCCUCAUGGAAAGCUUCCUCUUCCUACUCCAUUUCUAGCUUUGGCAGUUCUAUUGAUAAUUUGUGUCUUCAAGUCAGCAAUGUGUCACUUCCUUCUUCAGAUACUGGUUAUAGUUCAGAUUUAUCAAAUGGCAAGACUAAUGAUGGUUUCGGUAGUAUGCCGCCUCGAGUGGUUGCUAAUUCUCAGAGGCAUCUAUCUUCUAUGACUAGAGAUGGCACAGAUUUAACCUUUCUCCCUAAACUUGCUUUUCGUCCAUGGGGAUCACACUGUGAUGCAGUGGAAAAUGUUAGAAAGCAACUGAAGGAAAAUGACCAAUGCGGUCAUUUGGUAUUUUCAAACAGCUAUAUGAAGCCACUGAUAAAAUUUUUGAAGGAUGCACAUGAUUUUUCUGAUGUAAAAGCUCAAAAAGAUGGAGCAGAGGUGCUUUUGGCUGUUUUGAGUCAUAGCAGAGAUGAAAUGCCUCCCUUUCAUGAAGAUGAGUUUUUUGUGUUGGCAUCUUUUCUGGAUUCUGAAAUCACACAAAAAGCCCUUGAAAUCAUCGAAGUGUUGUCCUGCCAACAGUGCUACAAAUCUGGACUUGUGGCAUCUGGCAUUUUACCUUCAAUCCUUAAAGUCCUUGGCACUGAAAUCAGGGAAUUCCAUGAGCUCUGUAUCAAGAUACUACAUAAUUUGUCUUGUGAUAGUAACAUUGUUGACCACAUCUUAUAUUUGGAUUGCAUCCCCAGGCUUGUUCAUUUCUUGGAAGAUCCAAUUCUGGCAAGAUAUUGCAUCAAGAUUAUAAACGUCUUGUGCUCAUAUGAGGAGGCCAGGACUGCUGUUGCCCAAACCAAUCUAAGCAUCAUUUUAAUUGCCAAACUACUGGAAACUGGAACCAAGGAGGAACAGGAGCACAUAGUGGGUAUCCUGUUAUCCUUAUGUUAUGAGCGAGCGGAGUUUUGUGAAGUGGCCAUGACAGGGAGCAUCAUUCAGGCUCUCAUCGACAUUUCUGUGAAUGGGAACUCCAGGGGACAGGUGACUGCUAAAGAAUUGCUUCGUCUAUUGGAACAUGAGAAGGAAGUUAAUGCUUCAGAAUGUUCAGUUGAUGAUACUGCUAAAGAUAAGAAGAGGCCAUCUCAGACGUUUGGAUUUAUGGGAAGGAAAUUAUCAAGAUUUAUGCAUGUCAAACAUUAGCUUUUCUUUCUGUAACCUAACAUGGUUAACUGAUGACUUUUCUAGAGCUGGGUUUAAGCCUUAUAUAGGAAUGUAUAGUUCUUCUUCUUAAAUGUAAAGAAUCUAGAUUAUUAUUUGCUGUACUUGUAGGAGGCAGCUUAAAUUUUUGAUCUCCUUGUUGAA